AUGAAGAUAUUCACUGCUCUCGCUCUUAUCGCGCUUACUACUAUUUUCACUUUCUCUUUGGCCGCUGAGGACGCCAAAAAAGAUGUUGGAACUGUCAUUGGUAUUGAUCUCGGUACCACAUAUUCCUGCGUGGGAAUAUUCAAAAACGGUCGUGUAGAAAUCAUUGCUAAUGAUCAAGGUAAUCGAAUUACACCAUCGUACGUUGCAUUCACUGCCGAAGGUGAACGAUUAAUUGGUGAUGCAGCUAAGAAUCAACUGACAUCAAAUCCUGAAAAUACGGUAUUUGAUGCAAAACGUUUAAUCGGUCGAGAAUUUAGUGACCCAAGUGUUCAACAAGAUAUCAAACAUUUCCCAUUCAAAGUUAUAGAAAAGAAUUCGAAACCAGCCAUUCAAAUUAACACUGGCAAAGAACAAAAAAUCUUUACUCCCGAGGAAAUUUCCGCUAUGGUUCUUGGAAAAAUGCGUGAAAUAGCCGAAGCAUACCUCGGCAAGAAGGUAACACACGCUGUUGUUACAGUACCCGCCUAUUUCAAUGAUGCCCAACGUCAAGCAACAAAAGAUGCCGGAACCAUUUCUGGUUUGAAUGUUUUACGUAUCAUCAACGAACCAACGGCAGCUGCUAUCGCUUAUGGAUUAGACAAGAAAGAAGGUGAAAAGAACAUUCUUGUCUUCGACUUGGGCGGUGGUACUUUCGAUGUCUCAUUGUUAACCAUUGACAAUGGUGUAUUUGAAGUCGUCGCAACCAACGGCGAUACACAUUUGGGCGGUGAAGAUUUCGAUCAACGUGUUAUGGAACAUUUCAUCAAAUUAUUCAAAAAGAAAACCGGCAAAGAUGUCCGAAAAGAUAACCGUGCUGUACAAAAACUCCGACGUGAAGUUGAAAAAGCCAAACGAACAUUAUCUUCACAGCAUCAAACCAAGAUUGAAAUCGAAUCAUUUUUCGAUAAUGAAGAUUUCAGCGAAACAUUGACCCGUGCCAAAUUCGAAGAACUCAACAUGGAUCUCUUCCGAUCAACAAUGAAACCUGUUCAAAAAGUAAUGGAAGAUGCUGAUUUGAAGAAGAGUGAUAUUGCUGAAGUCGUUCUCGUUGGUGGUUCAACACGUAUUCCAAAAGUUCAACAAUUAGUGAAAGAAUUCUUCGAUGGUAAAGAACCAUCACGUGGUAUUAACCCAGAUGAAGCUGUUGCUUACGGUGCUGCUGUUCAAGCAGGUGUGUUGUCUGGUGAGGAAAGUACUGGUGAUAUCGUCUUGUUAGAUGUCAACCCAUUGACCAUGGGUAUUGAAACUGUCGGUGGUGUUAUGACAAAGAUUAUUCCACGAAACACAGUUAUCCCAACAAAGAAAAGUCAAGUGUUUUCAACCGCCGCUGACAACCAACCCACAGUUACCAUACAAGUUUUUGAAGGUGAACGUCCAAUGACCAAAGAUAACCAUGUCUUAGGCAAAUUCGAUUUAACCGGAAUUCCACCUGCACCACGUGGUGUCCCACAAAUUGAAGUUACAUUCGAAAUUGACGUCAAUGGUAUUCUCAAAGUAACUGCUGAAGAUAAAGGCACAGGCAACAAGAAUAAUAUCGUCAUCAACUCAAAUACAAAUCGCCUAUCGCCCGAUGAAAUCGAUCGUAUGAUCAAAGAGUCCGAAAAAUUCGCUGAUGAAGAUCGAAAAGUCAAAGAACGUGUCGAUGCCAAGAACGAACUCGAAUCAUAUGCUUAUUCAUUAAAAACACAAUUGGCUGACAAAGAAAAACUUGGUGGAAAACUAUCCAGCGACGACAAAGAAACGAUUGAAAAAGCUGUCGAAGAACAAAUCAAAUGGUUAGAAUCUAAUCAAGGUGCUGAAGUCGAUGAAUUGAAAGAUCACAAAAAACAAUUAGAAGAAAUCGUGACGCCAAUCAUGACAAAAUUAUAUGGACAAGGUGGCGCGGGUGCUGGUGCUGGUCCCAAUGAUGUUCCACCACCACCACCACAUGGACAUGAUGAUGAUAGUUUAUAA